CCCGCCGCGGGAGGCCGCGGCCGCCGCUCAGCCCGGGCUGCGCCGGGGCUCCGCGCGCUUGCGGGCCGCGCCGGGCAGGUCCUAGGUGGCGGCCCCGGGCACGGCGCUCGCCGGCCGGACGGGAGGCGGGGGCCGAGCUGCAGGGCCGACGGGCCUCUCGGCGCCAAGAUGAGCGUCACCUCCUGGUUCCUGGUGAGCAGCAGCGGCACCCGCCACCGGCUCCCCCGGGAGCUCAUCUUCGUGGGGCGUGACGAGUGCGAGCUCAUGCUGCAGUCCCGCAGCGUGGACAAGCAGCACGCCGUCAUCAACUACGACCGGGACCGCGAUGAGCACUGGGUGAAGGACCUGGGCAGCUUGAAUGGGACGUUCGUGAACGAGGUGCGCAUCCCGGACCAGAAGUACAUCACGCUGAAGCUCAACGACGUCAUCCGCUUCGGCUACGAUGCCAACAUGUACGUGCUGGAGCGCGUGCAGCACCGCGUCCCCGAGGAGGCGCUCAGGCACGAGAAGUACACCAGCCAGCUGCAGGUGAGCGUCAAGGGGCCAGCACCCAGGAGGGCCGAGGCGCUGCCGGAGCACACGCCUUACUGCGAGUCCUCGAGCUCCCGGCCGGAGCGGGACCGGAGGCCCGGAACAGAAGCAGCAGCCUACCGCACACCCCUGUACGGGCAGCCCUCCUGGUGGGGGGAGGACGAUGCGGGCGCCCCAUCGGAGGACAGGCCGCCGGAGGGGCCGUACCCAGAGCGGCCCAAGGAGCUGGCUCAGCAGGACGGGGACGCGGCUGGCACGCCGCCCGGCCUCCGGGCCGCCACGGAGCCCCAGGGCUACUCCUUCCGCCGGGAGCCCAGCUACUUCGAGAUCCCCACGAAGGAGGCCUCGCGGCCGCCCGGGCCCCCCGCGGCGCCGGCGCACGAGGCGCCCACCAAGGACGUGGCGCCGGGCGGGGGGCCCGUGGUGCAGAGCCACGCCUCCUUCACCAUCGAGUUUGACGACUGCAGCCCGGGCAAGGUGAAGAUCAGGGACCACGUCACCAAGUUCUCCCUGCGCCCGCGGCGGCCGCCGGGCAAGGCCGCGCCCGGGGAGGUGGUCUCCGCGGAGACCAAGGUGGCCGACUGGCUGGUGCAGAACGACCCCAGCCUGCUGCGCCAGGCGGGCCCCGGCGACGACCGCCACGGCGCCAAGAGCGACCUGCCCGCCCACACCCGCACCCUGAAGGGCCACAAACACGAGGACGGCACGCAGAGCGACUCGGAGGACCCCGCGGCCAAGGCGGCGGCGGCGGCCGGGGUCCCCGCGGAGAACGGGGAGCAGGCGCGGCUGCAGAGGCAGAUCAAGAGGGACCCCCAGGAGCUGCUGCACAACCAGCAGGCCUUCGUCAUCGAGUUCUUCGACGAAGACACGCCCCGCAAGAAGCGCUCCCAGUCCUUCACGCACGCCCCGCCCGGGGACCCCAAGCCCGACAAGCGCCGAGGCCCUGGCCCCGCCGACAGGGACCGCGCGGGCGCCCCGGCCCCGCCCCGGGGCGCGGGCAGCAGCUCGGGGCCGCAGCGGGCCAGCUCGCUCAAGCGGGAGAAGACGGAGGAGCGGCCGGGCGGCCCCCCCGCCCCCGCCCGGGCCUCCGCGCGCCCCUUCGGCUCCGUGGGGCGCCGCUCCCGCCUGGCCCAGGACUUCAUGGCCCAGUGCCUGCGGGACGGCUCUCCGGCCGCCCGGCCCGGCCCCGGCCCCGGCCCCGAGAAGGUGCCCACGGCACUGCCCACCCCUCUGACGCCCCGUGGGGCCAGUCCCGUGGCCCCCUCGCCCCCGCCGCCCCCCACGGACCCCCAGCUCGCCAAGGCGCGCAGGCAGGAGGAGGAGGACAGCCUCAGCGACGCGGGGACCUACACCAUCGAGACGGAGGCGCAGGACCGGGAGGUGGAGGAGGCCCGCAAGAUGAUCGACCAGGUGUUCGGGGUACUGGAGACCCCUGAGCUCUCCAGGGCGUCCUCGGCCAUCUUCCGCCCCGUCAUCCGCGGGGACGGAGACGAAGCCGACAACGGGAUGGUCCAGCCGGUGUCGCUGCUGCAGGAGCUCACCGCCCGGCCGGUGGGCGUGGCCCCCCAGGGGGAGCUCCAGGACCCGCCAGUUCCAGGCUCCCCUGGAGGCCCAAAGUGGGUGUCCCGCUGGGCCAGCCUGGCUGACAGCUACUCGGACCCGGGUCUGGCGGAGGACGGCCCGGGGCGCAGAGCUGGGGAGCUCGAGGGGGCCGUGCCCGCGCGCCCGCGGCGGCUGCUCCCCCAGCUCCCCAGCGACAGGGCGGGCAGCCCCGCCGGGCCUGAGGCCGCCGGGAAGAGUGGGCCUGGGCCCCCGGAGCCAGGCAGCGAGCCGGCCGGCCGCCUGCUGGGCCAGGAGGACGUGGAGCCGGACAGCCUCAGCGAUGCUAGCGGGUCGGACGGGGGGCGGGGCCCCGAGCCCGGCGGGGGCCCCCAGGAGGGGCUGGUGUGGCUGAGGGGCCGGUGCUCACCGAGGACCGCGGGGGAGCCGGCCCCCGGCGCUUUCUUCAUCGGAGACCAGAACGGGGAGGCGGCCCUUCCCCGGAAAACGCCUGCGGCUCCAGGGGAGGCGGAGGGCCCGGGGCGGGCGGCCCAGCCCAGCGCCCCCGCGAGGGACGGCGUCUACGUCAGUGUCAGCGGCAGGAUGGCCCUCAGGCUGCAGACGGGCCGGUCGCCGGAGCCCGAGAGCCCCGCCCCGGCCAGGGAGGCCACAGCCUUCGUCCGGCAGGAGAGCUUCACCAAGGAUCCGGCCCGAGGCCCCCCGGCGCCCGGCCAGCUCCCCAACAUCUCCAGCCACCCCCUCCUGCAGGACCUGGCCGCAGCCCGGGCCUCGCGCAUGGACGUCCACUCCCAGGACACCCAGCUGAUCCUGAAGGAGACCGAGACGGCCCUGGCGGCCCUGGAGGCCCGGCUGCUCUCCAAGUCUACGGGCGAGGGCGAGGGCGAGGGCGAGGCGGGCAGCGCCCCGGGGCCGCCCGAGGACUCCCUGUCCGGGGACUCCGACGUGGACACGGCCAGCACCGUCAGCCUGCUCAGUGGCAAGAACGGGCCCAGCCCCACGAGUCCCCAGCUGCUGGGGCUGCAGAGGGAGAAGCCGCCGUCCCCCCCAGCAGCGCAGGACCUGGGGGGCGUCCCCCCGAGCAGCGCCCGGGACUGGCUCUCGGAGAAGCCUCGUCGCCCGGCGGGCCCGACGGACACGGGCCGCGGGGAGCCCGUGAGGCGCCUGGCCGUGCGGCGCGGCCAGGGGUCCCUGGACUGGCCCGAUGAGGAGCGAGGCUCUGGCCUCGCCCGGGAUGGCUCAGACACGGCCGCCUCCGACCACGAGACCCCCGCGAUCACCAGGGCAGGGCGGCCAGGGUCUCGGCGGAAACCCGCCGCCCCGCCGCCGUCCCCGGCCGCCCGGGAGGAGCAGAGCCGCGUGUCGGCCAGCGCCCAGAAGGUGCAGCAGGCGCUGACCCGCUCCAACAGCCUGUCCACCCCGCGGCCCACACGCGCCUCCCGGCUGCGGCGGGCCCGGCUGGGGGACGCCUCGGACACGGAGGCCGCGGACGGCGAGCGGGGGCCCCCGUCCAACCACGAGCCGGCGGGGCGCCCGGCCGCCGAGCAGGCCAAGAAGCUCUCGCGCCUGGACAUCCUGGCCAUGCCCCGCAAGAGGGCGGGCUCCUUCACGGGGCACAGCGAGUCCGAGGCGGCCCCGGCCCGCGCCGGCUUCUCCGGCCGCAGCGCGGAGCUGUCCUGCACGGGCCGCAAGCCCACCAGGGCCGAGGCCCAGACCGCCGCCCGGAAGACCGCCAACGCCGCCCCGGCCGCCCGCCAGCCCUUCAGCAGGGCCCGCCCGGGCAGUGCCCGCUACUCCUCACCCAGCGCGCGUCGCCGGCAGCAGGGCUCCGACUGCACGUCCACCUCGGAGGAGGAGUACGGCUCCCGCCACGGCUCCCCCAAACACACGCGCUCCCGUGCCUCAACAGCCACGCAGACCCCACGGGCCAGCUCCGCCCGGGCCCGGCCCCGGGCCCCCGGCCUCCGGGACACCGACGACGAGGAGGAGCCCGACCCCUACGGGUUCAUCGUGCAGACGGCGGAGAUCGCGGAGAUCGCCAGACUGAGCCAGACGCUGGUGAAGGACGUGGCCAUCCUCGCCCGGGAGAUCCACGACGUGGCGGGGGACGGCGACACGCUGGGCCCCCCGGGACCCACCCGCAGCUCCUCCCUCGGCAACAUGCCCAGUACCCCCGCCUCGACCAUCUCUGCCCGCGAGGAGCUGGUGCAGCGCAUCCCCGAGGCCAGCCUCAACUUCCAGAAGGUGCCGCCGGGCGCCCUGCACUCCCGGGACCUGGACCAGAACAUGAACGACCGCCGUGAGGACGCCCUGGCCAACAAGACGCGGCCGCGGAACCGCGAGGAGGUGAUCUUUGAUAACCUCAUGCUGAACCCCGUGUCCCAGCUGUCCCAGGCCAUCCGCGAGAACACGGAGCACCUCGCCGAGAAGAUGAAGAUCCUCUUCCAGAACUCGGGGCGCGCGUGGGAGGACCUGGAGGCCCGGAUCAACGCCGAGAACGAGGUGCCCAUCCUGAAGACGUCCAACAAGGAGAUCAGCUCCAUCCUGAAGGAGCUGAGGCGCGUGCAGAAGCAGCUGGAAGUCAUCAAUGCCAUCGUGGACCCCAGCGGGAACCUGGACCUGCUCACGGCCAACAGGGGCUGCGCAGGCUCCGGCCCCCUCGGGAAGGGCCGGCCGCCCACCCAGAGCCCGGCCUCGCCGCCCUCGGCCCUGACCCUGAGGAGCUUCCCGCAGAGACCCCCCUGCGGGUCCCCCGGCCUCCCGGACCCUGCCUUCCUCCCCGACUUCCUCCCGGACUCAGAGAGGUUCCUGAUCUAGUGGCCGGGCCUCGGCCCCCGCGUGCCCGUGUCCCUGCCUCCCGCUCACCACGCCCCGCCUCGGCCCCUCCCGGCUGUGGCCGGCUCACCGUGAAGACCCCCACACGUGCCAUAACCCCACGGGCGGGGCCCCACCCAGGCCCCCUCAGCUCCCAGCCAGCACCCCGCCCCCACCCGCCGGCCUCCUGGCCCAGCUCCCGCUGCGGCCGCUGCCAAGGGCCGGUGUCCGGGCUGCCCGUGCCCACUGCGUCGUCUCUCCUUUUGUCUUUCGUUUUGGAGGAAGUAGUUUGUCCAUUUCAGCGGCCUCCCCGCCUGCAGGGCCCGCGCCUCCUGGGCUGGAGCGCGUGCUGGCCUGGCGGGUCCCUGGGCGCUGGCCGGGCCGGGCCGGGGAGGGGCCUCCGUGGGUCAUUCAGUGCCAAACAGGGGCCGGAGGGGCUGGGCGCCCUGGAACCGAGGGUGCAGGCCGGUCAGGGACGGGGCGGAGAGCCGCUUGGGGCAGGAGCCCCAGCCCUUCCCGCCUCCGGUGCCAACACAGCUUCCGACCCAGCGUGCCGGCCGCCUGGAGGGACACGCGUCGCCCACACCCGCUCCCCAGCAGCCCGGCACGUCUGCGUGUGCAGGGCCUGCCCAGCGGGGGUGCCGGGCCUGCCCUUGGUUCCUGGGCCUCUGGGCUGGGGGGGAGGCGGUGCCAGGCCAGAGUGGCUGCAGCCGGGCUCCCAGGAGCUCCCGCGGCAGCACGCCGCCCGUCCCGGACGCCGGGCAUGAACGGGGCAGCUGCACUCGGCUCGGGCCCACAGGCCCCGGUCCUGGGGGCGGCGCGGGGACAGGUUGGUUUUCUCAGGAUCCUGUUGGCGGGAACAGGCCAGGCGGCCCCUCCCGGGGCCUGUGUUUCUGGAGCCUCUAAGCCAAAGAGCCCGUUUGGGGGGCGGGGGCCCCCUCGACCAGAGUGGCGUGGGUGUGCCGGGCAGCCCCUGGCGUCUGCAUGCGUGUCGGUUGCUGGGGGACCCACGGUGGGGGGGGCACUGCAGCUGGACGGAGGCCACGGGGGUCGUGGCUGUUUACACUGGGCGCCUGGGCGUGGCCUGCGCCCACCGAUGUUUACGUGUGUGAGUGGCAGUGGGGUCCCUGCCUGGCGCCCCCCACCCCCCGAGAGCCUGCGGAGUCCCUCAGAGGAGGUGCGAGUCCCGGUCCCACCCCGCAUGCCCCACGCCUCGCCCGCAGCCGCCCGGACACACGCGGUGGCCACGGAUCCCGCCACGAGGCCCUCCCCACGCGCACCCACCCGGGAUCGCCGUGCACUUUUUUAUCCGUAGACGCGCUCCCUCCGGCCCGGCCUGGGCUCCGAUACGUACGUGUCCGGCUCCGGAGGCUCCCGGGUUUGUCCUCAGGUGGUCUGUGGGUGUCUUUUAGGAAACGGUUAUUUUAUAUGAUUUGUCAUGGAAUUUGUUCUAAUAAAUCAUUCUAUCACGUGGCA